UGGAAACUUUCUCUUCUUGUACCAAGUCCUUCAGAAGUGCCUUCUUCCAGAAACAACUGUGUGGGAGUCAUCACUCAACUUUAACAAUUAAAAGUUACUUGUUGAAGCCUAACUUCUGGGAUACUCCUGUAACCCAUGUAGAGGAAUAAUCAUUCAAAUCCUCAAAAGUAUCUAGAGCACAAACAUCUAUAUUUAGGCUGCCACAGACAUUGCUUAUCUGAGUUCAGGAGAGGACUGCGUAUCUCUUCUGAUCCAGCUGUGCUUUCGGAGACUAGUCAUGUGUCUAAUAUUAAUCAACUCUCUAGCAUUAAUCAAUAUCUCAGAUGACUACAGACUGUAAAUCAGUAAAAAUACGUCUUAGUGGUCCAACAAGGAAGACUGCCAACAGUGUAAACUAUCUUUAGAUCAAAUAAGGAGAACACGGACUGGAAUUCACCUUGCACGUAUUGGUAUCGUUUUGCAAGGGCCAGCAAAAAUUUGAAAUUGUGAUUACCCUCCCUUCAAGUCAGCUCCUUCUAGUGCUCAUGUAAAGGCUGAUCCCUUCACGAGGCCAGCAAUCCUCUGCGGCCUCUCGCUCUGUGUGACCCCACCGCUUGGAGGAUCUGUGGCCAGAGAGAAAAAUGUCAUCUGUGUAAAAACACCACGAAAAGAAAGCUCCAACUUACUGUCAAAAUAAAUGAUACCAUUACCUAGAGAAGACUAUGAAUCCUCUGCUUAGGUUCUAGAGGGUUUUUUCAUUAUUGUUUUGGGGUUUUUUUUCCCCUAACGAGCUCUGUGUUCAUGAACCAAAGACCUCAGCAGGCUUCAACCGUUGCAUCACUCAGUGGGGCCCCCCUGGGACACCCACAGCACUUAAAGGGAGGUGGAUUGCGAAGCCCUUGCCAUUCCCCUGCUGACUGCAUGGGCCGUCUCACCCGUAGUCAGUGCUAGAUGGGGGGAACGUGCCAACAGCUUGCUUGAUCCUGUAGGCAGGGCUUCUCUAAGUGCCACUGGGUGACCACCUUUCUAGCAGCAUUUGUUCCCGAGGAAAAGAAGGCAUCAUUUUUUAAUAUUCAUUUCCAAGGUAGGAAACGUACCCAUAGCCUGAAAUACUGCAAAAUCUGACAGACUGUGAAUUGUGUCACUGCUUUGUUCUCUAACCUUACUCUGUACUUUAAAUCUUGCACACAGAAUGCUCAUAAUUGCAGCCUGUGCUUACCUCCGGUAAAAAAAAAUUUAAUUAAUUUUCAUCUAAGGAAUGCUGAAAGUAAAGUCUACAAAAAAAAAUAAUGCAGUCAUGGAGAGGACAGUUGUUUUGACCUGAGCUGGAUUUGUUUUCUUAUUUCAAAAAAUAGGAGGGCAAAUACUUGUGAAUGUCCAUGUGGCUUCUUUUCCAAAGAUGUGGAGACUUUUGGACUCUUGAUCCUGGAAGUUUGUACUUAGAGUGAGAAGCGACAUUCAGGUCAGUGCUUCACAAGAGAGGUCUCUGCCCUCAGCUGGGGCAGAUCUACAAUAGCUGUGAUUCGGCCAUUCUCUGUGGUUACAGCAGAUGCAGAAUUGGUUUAAGUCUUAAUCCGAAACCACCAAAAUCCACAGAAGUUCUAAUACUGGCUUGAUGAGCACUGAAACAUGGGGUUAUGGGAAAAGAAUCAUUUAAAAGCAUCAACUUGUCCUACAGACUAUGGCGUUGGUCGCUCCAAAUAGUCCAACUGACUUAUUGAAUUUCCUAUAGCACAGAAAAUUGUUAACCAAGCAAGCUGUUGUGCUCUGCAGGUCACUGCUAAUGAGUUGAACUACUGUGACUCAACGUGCACUCUUAAUUACUCUCGAUACAAUGCAAAUAGCAACGGCUGAAAAGGUAUUUCAGUCAUUCAGUCAGCAGCUCCACCUUACAAGCUCAGGCGUUCAUUUAAUACACCUGCAAUUAACAGCUCUCAUCUGCAGAACUCUAACCAGAAAUGCCAAAACAAGGCCACAAUCUGGAAAGACGAGAGGCAUUUUUCUUGAAGUCUACGUUUUAAAAGAGGUGAAAAGGUAAUGAUGGGGUUAUAGGAUUCUUUCCUGUGUUGCACCCGUAGACAAGCCCUUACUUGAUGAGCCUAUAAAGUCUGAUUUGUCUGGCUAAAUAUUAUCCUCAGCGGAGGCGGAGGUCUACAGUUUAUCGAAUUGUUGUGUGCUCUUUACAAGCACUGAUGAGAAACCAGCACCUCUGAGAGGCAAUUCUGUUCACCCCAAAGUAAGCAGACGUUUUAAGUAGCUUACAUGAAUUUUGCCUUAAAGUGCCCAUUUCUAUAUGUAAAUGAAGCCUCAAGUGGCUACCCCAGACGUAGCAUCCACCUAGGUAAAGUGUGGCAAGACAGAGUCUGUCUUCAGCGUCAGCUCCUACGUUUCUUUCAAUUCAUAUGCAACUCCUUUCUUAACGUUGGACAAAGCAAGUGUGGUUUUGUCAGGACAGACUGAUGGACUUGCCGCCUGCCAUUGGCAUGAACAGGUUCAGGGACGCAGGGUGAGGCCCCGUGACUACACUGCCCCGUCUCCUCCUUUGACUUGUUAUGCUUGGAAUCAGCAUUUUGGGAUUUUUAACAUAAACUGCUUUUCUACAUCUUGUCAUUUGUUUAUUUAUUUUUUGUUAAAUUUGGGGGUGUCUUCCUAUGAGGACUUCUCAGAACUGCACUGGCCAACUUCACUGUCAUCCUUAGAAGCCGAGAGCAAUUUAUUACUCCACUAUUUGAGAACAACAGAGCAGAGAACCAGAAUCAUCCUGUUAUUCCUCCUAGGCACCAUGGACACAGAUGAGCAGUUGAGAAAAUUUAGCAAUAGAACUAAGCAGGAAAGAGUUAGAAAAAGCUCAGAAUGGAUAACAAGUUUCUGCUCUUCCCUGGAACCAUUUCAGCAAUGGAACAAAAGUAACCCUCCUUUAAGAGGGUCAUUAAAGAAGUGUUAGAUGGAUAACAGCGAGCGUCUCAAGGGAACCUAGCAGACCCCUAGGUUUCCAUUAAAGUAAAGCAGCACCCUAUUUUCUUUUACUACAUUCCUGCCUGGCGUUUCCAGCAUCAUAUUGACUUAUUCUUCUCUCCAGAAUCGUAACUUGUGUUCUUUAAUUUUUCUCCCUCUUAAAGAUUCAGGUUCAUUAAGGGAAUGGUCAGAAGAAAUGAGACAACUGUGGAUGAGUUCAUUCUCUUGGGAAUCACAGAUAUUUGGGAGCUGCAGGUCAUUCUCUUUCUGCUGUUCCUUCUGAUCUGCCUCACCUCAUUGGUGGGGAAUCUUGGCAUGAUUGCAUUAAUCAGGCUUGACUCUCGACUCCACACCCCCAUGUACUUCUUCCUCUGCCACCUCUCUCUGGUAGACCUAGGUAAUUCCUCAGCAGUUGCUCCCAAAAUGCUAGUGAGCUUCUUUGAAGAAAGGAAGCCCAUCUCUCUGCCAGGCUGUGCAGCCCAAAUGUACUUUUGUGGCGUCUGCAUAAUCACCGAGUGUUACCUGCUGGCUGCCAUGGCCUACGACCGGUACGUGGCCAUCUGUAACCCUCUGCUCUAUGUGGCCACCAUGUCUCAAAAGGUUUGUGUCCAACUGGCCGUGGGAUCCUACAUAGUAGCUACUGUGAAUGAAAUAAUGCUUGUCAGCUCGGUGUUCAGCCUGCACUUCUGUGGCCCUAAGGUCAUCAAUCACUUCUUCUGUGACAUUCCUCCGGUCCUGAAACUUUCCUGCUCCAGUACUGCUGUCAACGAGCACAUGCUUUUUACCAUCGCUGCAUUUAUUGCACUCAGCACUUUGGGAUUCAUUGUUGUCUCUUAUGGUUAUAUCCUUACCGCUGUCCUGAGGAUCUGCUCCCCAGAGGGCAGGCACAAAGCUUUCUCCACCUGUGCCUCACAUCUGACAUCAGUCUCGGUUUUUUAUGGGACUAUGAUCUUCAUGUACCUCCGCCCCAGUUCUAGCUACUCCCUGGACCAGGACAAGGUGGUAUCCGUUGCCUACACCCUGGUGAUUCCCAUGCUGAACCCCCUGAUCUACAGCCUGAGGAACAUGGAGGUGAAGGAUGCUCUCAAGAGACUCCUAGGAAAAGUUCGUGUUUAUUUUAGAAAUCAAACUGGUAAAGAGGUGUCAUAA